AUGACUUUCAGGAGGGACAGUUUCAUAACCCACAGAGCUUUCUGUGAUGCAUUAGCAGAGGAGAGUGCAAGAGCCAUCACAGGCACAGCCAAUAACCCACUUCUUCCACAACCUUCUGCCUCUCACCACCACCACAUGAGCCUCCAAAACCAAUUCAACCCUCAAAAUCUCCAUGCUUUCUCAUUGAAAAAAGAGCAGCAAAGUUUCAAUGUUAGGCCAGAAAUACCCCCUUGGCUUGGCCCACCAUCAACAGUUGAUCAUCUCUCCUCAUCCUCAUCCAUAAUGUUCUCUCCUCCUCCACACCAAGAAAACCCUAACCCUAGUCUUGGUCCCACUCUUGCUACCUACCAAACAGUCCCUAACCCUUCCCCACACAUGUCAGCCACAGCAUUGCUGCAGAAAGCAGCUCAGAUGGGUGCAACCAUGAGCAGAAGUGGUUCCUCACCAGCCAUGGCAAGGGCACACCAUCAGGCUCACGUGUCUUCUUCUGCAGAUUCUAGCACUGCUCACUUUGGCUUGAACUUGUCCUCACGUGAAGACACCACCACCACCACUUCAACAACAACAACAACCACUGUUACUACAAACACUGCUACAGUGUUUAGCCAUGGCUUAUUAUCAUCACCUUUGGGGAAUAAAGCUGCUGUUGCUGCUGUGUCUUCUGCUCCAUCCCUUCUUCAUGAUGUUAUCAGCUCUUUCUCUUCUCCUUCUGCCUUUGAAGGAACCCCUUUUGAGGAUGCAUUUGGUGGCAUUCACAGUUCAAAGAAACUAGAUGAUGAUAGCUUGUAUUUGCAUGACACCUUCUCAAAAACAAGUGGUGCAGCUGGAAGUGAAGGGUUGACCAGAGAUUUCUUGGGUCUCAGGCCCCUCUCUCAUACUGACAUCCUCACCAUUGCUGGCAUUGGAAACUGCAUUCAUGAUAAACAAAACCAAUCUCAAAAGCCAUGGCAAGGUUAG